AUGGGGGUCUCGUUCAGGGUGUCGAAGACGGGCACGAGGUUCCGGCCCAGGGCGAUCGUCCAUUCGGAGAUCACGGCCGACGCCUCCACGAGGAAGGAGGCCGUUGAUAACUCGAAGGAGAGUUCCUCCGUUCCCAGGGGGUCCGGAUCGAAAGCUGAGGUGACCCCCUGUCGCGCUUUACGAUAGUUUUCUUGCUCUCCGUCUGCUCCCCCCACCCCCCCGGGUCUUCUCUGCGCGCUCGCGUGCGACUCUCCCUCAACUCGUCUUCCAUCAGUAUUGUACUCGUGUGCAUUCAUCUAUCGAUGGUUAUGUCUCCAGGGGGCCGGAGUAAUUUCGUAUGUCGUUUGAAAAUUUCAUAUUUCGUAUAUCUUCCUAUGGUUCCGGGCACUUUUUGAGACACAGCUUUGGACCUUGGAAGAAGGUGUCUAACUCUGUUUGCAUGAAAACUAUGUGGCUUGUGAAAUUGUGACGCGUUUACCUGAAAAUUGUAGCUUCUUCGAAAUAGUUCUCCCUUAAAGCAAAUGCUUUUAUAUGGAUCAAGAAGAGCUCUCGCCCGAUUUCCUUUCAUGGGUUCGGGGAGAAGUUAAAGUUAGUAGGCUAAUAGCUAUCAUACAAACUGAUGACCUAUACCUCCUUUCAAGAAACAAAAAAGCGCAGUUAUUCCUGAAAUUUUGAUCUUUCUGAAAAUAUUCCAUUAUGCUCCCCAAUUGGAAUUUAAUAAGCCAACCCUAGUUCUCAUUUUCCAGGCCCGUAGUGCUGGAACGAUUGAUGAAGCUCCUGGGCUAUCAGUUUCCUCAACAAACAGUGGACAUCCUAUUUCACUUGGUAAACCAGACACUCACGAUGCAUAUAAUCUUUAGAAAUCAAAAAUCAAGACUUAUGCUCAUGCAUUCUAUGCAGAUCACGAAGUUUCCUUCACCCUGAAUCUUUUUUCGAAUGGAUUUUAUAUCGGCAAACUGAAUGAGGUUUGUUAAGUCUACCUGAUCGUAAAUUGGUUACAAUUUCAAUAAGAGAUGCACUUACUCCUUUGGCGGUUGUUUGCUCUUUCAUUUGUUUUAGCUGCAGGCUCUUCUUCAAGAAGUUCCUAAGUCACUACAUCCAUACAAUAAGGCAUCUGAAACCCUCUUUUCUGUGAGCACUAUACCGAACACCUUACCAUGGCAUUUGUUUAUAUAUAUAUUGUGUUUCUUUGAAAGAAAUAACUGCUGCAAAAUUUGGAAAAAAUUCUGACAAACUAUGCUAAUUCUAAUCUUUCUAUUUUCUUCAUUAACAUAGGUCUGCUUCUGACAUUGCCAAUUUUUUUUUGCUGUAUAUAUAUAUUGUGUUUCUUUGAAAGAAAUAACUGCUGCAAAAUUUGGAAAAAUUUCUGACAAACUAUGCUAAUUCUAAUCUUUCUAUUUUCUUCAUUAACAUAGGUCUGCUUCUGACAUUGCCAAUUUUUUUUUGCUGUAUAUAUAUAUUGUGUUUCUUUGAAAGAAAUAACUGCUGCAAAAUUUGGAAAAUUUUCUGACAAACUAUGCUAAUUCUAAUCUUUCUAUUUUCUUCAUUAACAUAGGUCUGCUUCUGACAUUGCCAAUUUUUUUUUGCUGUAUAUAUAUAUUGUGUUUCUUUGAAAGAAAUAAUUGCUGCAAAAUUUGGAAAAUUUUCUGACAAACUAUGCUAAUUCUAAUCUUUCUAUUUUCUUCAUUAACAUAGGUCUGCUUCUGACAUUUCCAAAUUUUUUUUGCUGUAUAUAUAUAUUGUGUUUCUUUGAAAGAAAUAACUGCUGCAAAAUUUGGAAAAUUUUCUGACAAACUAUGCUAAUUCUAAUCUUUCUAUGUUCUUCAUUAACAUAGGUCUGCUUCUGACAUUGCCAUUUUUUUUUUGCUAUAUAUAUAUAUAUAAAUUGUGUUUCUUUGAAAGAAAUAACUGCUGCAAAAUUUGGAAAAUUUUCUGACAAACUAUGCUAAUUCUAAUCUUUCUAUGUUCUUCAUUAACAUAGGUCUGCUUCUGACAUUGCCAAUUUUUUUUGCUGUAUAUAUAUAUAUAUAUAUAUAUUGUGUUUCUGAAAGAAAUAACUGCUGCAAAAUUUGGAAAAUUUUCUGACAACUAUGCUAAUCCUAAUCUUUCUAUGUUCUUCAUUAACAUAGGUCUGCUUCUGACAUUGCCAUAAAAAAAAAGGUGUAUUUUUCGGUUUUUCCUAUCACAUGCUAAUGCGUAACGCUCCUCCUCCAUAUAAAUACUUUUGUCCACGUGUGCAUGCAUACAUUUUAGAUAUUAUGCUUAUAAUUUUUUCUUUCCGAUUUUCUAUUUGGAGGCCAUUGAGACAGGUUGGCUGCCUGGAGAUGUUUUAGAUGAUAUACCAAGCAAGUUUAUCAAUGGAUCCCUUAUCUGUGAGGUGAGUAAUCAGCAUAUGGCAUUAAUAGAUAUCACUACUAUGUAAUGUUUACUUGAAUUUUCCCCCCGGACCUGAUUUCUUGUUACGUUUUUUUGGUUCUCGUAGAGAAAGCUUCUUCCUCUUGGUUGGAAAUUAUUCUGCUCGAAUUCUAUUCAUAUUUAGUCAUGUGAAAGUAUAACUACGGGUAGUCAUGUAUGACUUGCCUGAGUAAUCGCACAUCCAUUUACCUGCUCAGAUGCCAAGCAAAGGCGUCUUUGGAAGGUGCGGAUGGCAUUUUUUUUGAAUUCCAAGCCUCAACAUAACGACAUUCUAAUGUGCAAACUAAUGAUCUGGCAUGAAUUCAGUUGCUUCAAGUGUCGUUGUCUAACAUUCAUCAAAUUAUAAAAUGAAUGAGGGAUAAUGGACCCCUCCCUUGAACUCUGGAAAAAAAUCAAGAAUUUCGUGGUAUAUAUGAGGUUUUUUAUUAUCUAAGUUCCAUUUUAUCAUGGCUUUCAGUUUGUUGAUGCUAACGAUUUUUUACUUUAGCUCUGGUUUUUGGAGCUGAAGGCUCUUAGAAAUUUGUGUUUAUUCCGAAUGGGAAAUGAAAUCCCUUGGGUUCUGGUCUUAAGUUAACAAUGCUAAAUGGAAGCCUGGUAAUAAUUGGCCUGCAUCUUGAUAAACUUCAAGGUUCUGAUAUAUGAUGUGUGUGUUGAAUUGACUGGGUUGCAUGAAUAGGUUUUCCUUAGGAGGAUACUUAAAUUGACAUUCUUUUCUCGAGAAAAUAGCAUCAUAAAAAUAAUGAUAGACAUCCCCUUUCUAUCGUGGUGAUGCCACACAUGAGGACUCACAGGACGAUGUCAGUGAGAUUUUAAAGCUUCGGAUGAAUCCAAUUGGUCGUAUGAAGUGUGAUCUCAGAAACUACAUUUGGAGAGUGUGAUAUGAUAAAUUGCUCUCAACGUGUAACUUUAGAUGUGACACUUGCUACAUUUCAACUUGAGAUAUUUCAUUUUAUUUCUGUCUAUUUUUUCCUCAUGAUAUCCUUAUCAGCAUUCCCUUCCCUCCAUUGAGGCCUUCUCUGCUGGCACAGGCUUCAUACUAUCGCUCUCUCACAUAUUCCAGGCCUUCUCUGCUGGCACAGGAUUCACAUUUUUUCUGGAGUUUUCAGUAGACUCGUUGCAUGCAACUUAUCUGAAAUCUUGGAUGAGGAAUGAAGAAUAAUGUUUGUGAUAUCUUUUGUGCAGGUGCGUGACUAUCGAAAAUGUAUAUCUGAGCAAGGAUCGAUUGCUUCUUCUAUCAAUGGUGUCCCUACUGUUAAUAGAGUAUGCCUUCGGAUGUCCUUGGAAAAUAUUGUGAAAGAUAUUCCAUCAAUAUCAGAUGACUCAUGGACGUACAGUGAUUUAUUGGUAUGUUAGUCAUCCUAUGUGCCCCUGAUGGAUGUAUUCAUAUGUGGUGACGUUUGAUAUGUAAAUAAUCUGUUACAGGAAGUAGAGUCCCGCAUUCUUAAAGCGCUGCAACCAAAUCUUUUUCUGAAUCCCACCCCCAUGAUUGAGCGGCUAUGUGAGAACCCUGUCUCCAAUAAGGUAUUAAAUAGCUUCUUACUUGAAUCCGUCUUCGAUAAAAUGCUUCAGACUUUACUCUCUCAUCGUUUGACAACUGGUUACUUACUGAGGACUUCUAUUUCCAGCUUAGUCUGGGAAUAAGUGAUUUAAGAAAGAGGAGACUGCGACCUACACCUGAAGUGACUGUCACGUCCAACAGUCAAACCCAUGGAAAGAAAAUCUGCAUCGACAGAUUUCCUGUGAGUAUUAGUCCUACAACAGGAGAUUCAAUAGUUCUUUUUGGUGAUGGAGCAAUGCAGCACAUACGUGAUAACUCUUUAAUGCAGCAUUUCCCAGGUGGUAGUCCUGCAUUGCAGCCUAAAAACUUUGUACAGGAUGUUUCCCAUGGUUCAGUCUUGCCUUCGUCGUCCCCACACAAGGUUCAGCCAACAGCCGGCUAUUCUAUGUCAAGUCAGGACCGGGUCUCUGCCAUCCAUCCAAAUAGCGCAGUCGUGAAUGCGGGUGUAACAUCACCUCAGACCAUAGUGAAUUCUUACGCUGACACUGCAGCCUAUACUGCUGCUCCAUAUGGUAAGAGAGAAAAUGAAGAUGCACGGCUUCUGCAGUCAACAGCCAUUAAAAGACCAAAACAUGAGGGUAUUACACAGCAUCAAGCAGCCUCCUCUCCACUGGAUGGUGUGAAUGGAGUAGAUAUGCAGUGGAAAAACCCAGUGCUGCAGCAGCAGUUGAUGGCCAAGGGUUUUCAGUAUCCGACCACCAUCAGUGGUCAGAAGUAUCCACCCCAGGUUGUGAACGAUGCCACGAGUUCGGACGCUGGAGGAUCUUAUCUGAAUCAACCUGGAAUGAGAUUUGGCAUAAAGGAGGAGCGGCCAGAUAUAGCAAAUUGGAACAGGCAAGAAGCUGAAAAAGCAAAAAAUAUUCUUCAGCUGGCAGAGAAGGAAAGCAAUCCCUUGGAGCAGCAGCACUUACGCCCACAGCAGUAUGCCCAGCAAAUGUUCUCGAAAUCCCAGUUUCCAUCUCAGAUGCAAUGGCAUAUGCCAGGGACGCUAGAAAAGGACAUAAAAAAGAGCGAUUCACUACAGAAAAGAAAGCCACCUCAAAGCCCACGGGUUUCUGCUGGGGCAACGGUUCACUCCCCUGUGUCAUCAAAGUCUGGUGAGAUAUCCAGUGGUUCAAUUGGCGGCCAAUUCAGCACAGUUACGACAGGAUCUGCACUGGCAUCACAGAAGGAAAAGACAACAGUGUCUGGUCCUACUGUUGGGACACCAUCGGUAACUUCCAGUCCUAGUGAUUCAAUGCAAAGGCCAGGAACUCUCAAACGAAAACCAAAUCCUGCCUCACGAAACCAACAGGUGGGUACGGUGGGGUCACCUGCAAGUAUCAACAAUCUCGGUGCUCCAUUAACUGCUGGAAGCUCUGCACCUGCUGUUGCUGAUCAAGUUAUUCUUGAUAGUUUCUCUAAGAUUAUAGCGAUAACUCAGAGGUAUGCUUGUGUGAGGAUGCAGUUUGUUGUUUACGAAGGAUCUUGGCUUAAUAAAAUAAUAUUCUUAUGCACUGAUUUUAUGCAAUCAGAUGUUUUUGAUAUUGACUUAUUAAGGCAUUACAGGCACGGCCAGAGUUAAAUUCAUUUUUUGUUAGUGAUUUGAGGCUUUUUAAGACUUCUUGUCCGUACUUGGAUAACAGUGACGGAAUGAUUCAUCAUUUGCUUUUAUUUUCAUGGAUAUUUGUAUUUUUAUGUUCCGUGUGAAAAGCUUGUAGAUUUUACCCUCCCUCGAUUUUCGUGAACUGGUGAAAUUUUGAUGAUUAUUCGAUUCAACAUGAGGACCCAGUUGUGGAAUUGAGUUGUUUAACCUACUGAAUCUUUGCGUUACCAACUUAUUUGUGAUUUAAUUUGUUGUGAUACCAGGCAUCAACUCAAUGUCAAGAAAAACAAAGUCGACAAUAUUCCUCUGCAGAAACUCAAGCCAUCCACAUCGCCGAAUAUCACGUUCUGUCUCUCUAAUGCCCUGAUCCAGGACGACUAUCAUGACCCGCAGGGCCCCAUGUCGAGAUCGCUUUUAAAUGGGACCAUGAACACUUCCAAGAUGAGAGUCCUUGCUUUCACACGUAUGGAGCAUUCUUACCAAGGUAUAUAUAUAUCAUAUCUCUGGUGAAGCAGCCUGCUCUUUUGCCGUGAAUAACUCAUCUGAGGUGCUGACCGACUCUCCAAUCCAUCCAAAAACAAAAAAAGCAGGAAUUCCCGUUCCGUCUACUGCUCCGCAAGAUUUCACCAGGGUGAUCAUGAGGGAGAUGCCCACCGAUGGUACUGUGAUAAUGGAAUAUGGGCCAGUCGACGAGGCCGAUCCACUGUCACCUCACGGGUGUCCACUCGUUUUGCCCAACACUGUAUGCUCAUUCUCGCCCUUUGCCUUUUCAUAGUCCGUCAUCUUGUAAAGACUGUUCUACAUGUCUGUGAAUCUCAUUCCUUUUCUUUUACCAGCAUUCUGCAGAUUUGCUUGCUGCCCAGCUCCGAAGAUUGGUAAUGUUUCUUCCAGACGUUGAUCAUGCACAACCCUUGGUUUAUAACCUUUCUUUGGUCUAAUCCUUCUAUUUCCUGUAGAUGGAGAGGGAUCGAUAUCAAGCUAAAGAAGACCACAUUCAACCCCUACCGCCCCAGAUGAUUAAUCACUCUGGAGGCCCUGGUGCUGCCUUUGGCGUCUCAGAGAGCGUGGCGCCUGACAUCCAGCAGCGAGCAAAUGUGGCCUCCCCUGCGAGCCAGGGCAGCAUGGGAUUGCCGAGCCCUUCCCAGAGUUUCUCAAACAUGACGAGGGCCUUGCCUCCUGGGAACCCCCAAUCAUUACAUGGAUUUCCCGGCAGUGCAAAUCUGGCGCUGCCAUCUAGGGUGGCUCCCCACUUGGAUCAAACAUUGGCUCAGCAGCAGCAGCAGCAGCAGCAACCGCCCCCACAGCAGCAGCUCCAGCAGCUGCAGCAACCACAGCAGCAACAGGCGCAGCUGAAUCAGCAAGCCCAGGUUCAGCAGCAGCAGCAGCAGCAGCAGCAGCAGCCGCAGCAGCCGCCACCCCAGAUGCAGAAGUCUCCUUCGGUGCUCGCCGCCAAUCCUCUCUCACGGUUGAUGGGCCAGAACUCGAGCAUGCAGAUUGGUGCCAAUCAGAUGGUCGGCAACAAGGCGUCCCACUUACAGCUCCAGAUGCUGCAGCAGCAGGCGCAGCAGCAUUCUCAGAUCCCGGGCAAGGCCAUGAUGGGCCUCGGACCGGCGAUGAGCAUGGGGAACAGCAUGGCAGGCAUCGGCAGCCUGGGUAACGUCAUGGGCAUGGGCGGGCUCCGCGGCAUAUCCUCCCCCAUGGGACCCAUGCCGGGCUUGGCCGGCGUUGGCGCAAACCUGGGAGCCGCUUCUGGCUUCAGCCCAGGGCUGCGCGGCACGAUGUCCCCGGUGCAGAUGGCUGCACUCAAACUCCGGAUGGCGCAGCAGCAGAACAGGGCCGGCGUGUACAACGCCCAGGCCGGCAUGAUGGGCAACCAGAUGCUUGCCAACUCCCCCGCUGGGCUGUCCAUGUUGGGGCAGUCUCUGAAUCGAGGCAGUAUGAGCCCGCUGCAGCGGGCUGCAAUGUCGUCCAUGGGGCCCCCUAAGAUCGCCGCUGCCGCAAACUUUUACCUCAAUCAACAGCAGCAACUCCAGCAGCUGCAGCAAAUGCCCCAGCAGCAGCUGCUUCCGCAGCAGCAGCAGCAACAGCAACAGCAACAGAUGUUGCCCCAGCAGCAGCAGCAGCAAUUGCAGCAUCAACUCCUGGCGCAGCAGCAGCAGCAGCAGCAGCAGAUUCAACAGCAGCAGCAUCAACAACAACAGAUGCAGCAACAGCAGCAGCAGCAGCAUCAGCAGCAUCAGCAGCAGCAACAACAACAACAACAACAACAACAACAACAGCAGCAGCAGCAGAUGCAGCAGCAGCAGCAGCAAAUAGGUUCCCCUCUGCAGCAACAGCAGGUGGGCUCGCCAAUGGUCGUUGGGUCUCCCUCCACCAUGACGAUGCAGCAGAUCAGCCCGCAGCAAAUGGGCCAGCAGACUCCGAUGAGCCCGCAGCAGCUGAGCGCCGGGGCUCUGCAGCAGAUCAGCAACGGGGGCAACGCCGGACCCCCCCCGGCUAGCCCCCAACUGAGCUCCCAGACCCACGGGUCCAUGGGCAGCAUCACAAGCUCACCCAUGGAGCCACUGCAGAGCUCGAACAAGACCACUUAG